UGUGAUUUCCCUGCUGGCGGACAGGCCGAGUUUAGGUCAUUAUCCAUGUAACAAGUAGGUGACUAAUUGUGUACAUCAGUGUCAGGUCCCCUCGGCUACAAGUUGUCAGUGUUUGGCUGGUCUCCUGGUAACUGGAAUCAGGGCUGGUUCUCUGUAUAACCUUCUAACAGGAACAUAGACACACAGUACACACCUGUGGAGCCAAAAAGUUCACCUUCAACUCAAUCUGCGAUUAAACAGUCGUAAACCAUGAACCGGACCUACCCAAAGAGGAGAAGUAUGGAUGCCACCUCGUUUGGUUCUACCGUGACAAUGCUCUCCAGAACUGAAAAAGACUUGUGUUGCGGCUGUUCCAGACGUUGUGUGUGUAUAAUAUCUCUCAUUUUUUUCACCCUGAUGAUUGUCGCAGCUGUCAUUGCAUGCACAGUUAUUUUUGCCCUUCCUGCAAAAACACCAGAGAGCCGCUACUGUGUCAUAGGCAAUUACACGGGAUUCCUGUGCAAUGAUAGGAUUACAUGUCUGCUGCCAUCACAGGUCUGUGACUCCCUCAGUGACUGCGGAAGUGGGGAGGAUGAAGUUGCUUCUAUGUGCAGCAACCUCCCUAAUAAUCUACCUGGAUAUCUGAUAUUCCGCUGUGGAAACCCGCAGAUCUGGAUCUACAGUAAUUACAAGUGUAAUGGAAUCAAUAACUGUGGAGACUGUUCAGAUGAAUCUACAGCAUUGGCAUCCUGUCCUGCAUGUGGUUCUCAAUGGUGGUCAUGCAAUCCCGUCCUUUACCAAUACUGCUACUGCAUCCCUCGCAGCCUGUGCCAGAAUGGAAUCCAAGACUGUGAGGACUGGUCUGAUGAGUACGUGUGCACCAAAUAACAAGGACAGUGAUCUCAAUAUGUACAUAAUACUGUACUUGUAUAUACAUUACUGGACCAAACUGGAGCUUCCAAUAGAUUAGCACUAACAGUAUAUAAAAGUUGUUUUUUUAAAGUUCAAAGCAGACUCCAGCCAAAAACUUGUUUUAUCUUAGAAGGCUGGUAGAUCUGCUCUCCAUAGAAAAUGUAAUUUAAACCUCCAGGGGAAAAAAAAC